UUCAGAGUGUGACAGAACGGAACGGCUCUGAUUUUGUUCGAAUCAUGCAUUUACAGUGAGUGAAGAAUCCAAUCCAGCGAAGGGACCAAAUCCAUUGUGAUUCUUGACUAAACUGUUUACUGUAAGAAUAACGACAACUAUUGCAGGGGACGAGACUCGAAGUGAGCUCGCUUGCUUUCAUCAACUAGAACUACAAAAAGGAUGAGGAAACCGAACAGCUCUAAGGUUGGUAGGAAAGUUGUGAAGAAGACAUUGAUAGCUCUUGGUAGGAUGCUGGCUCUUCGUGGUGGCGAUGGUGAAGUGGAUUCAUCACGCAAGCCACUCAACGCUUUACCUGCGGGUGGUGGAAGUAACAUGCAGCUUGUUUGUGUUGAUGCUGAUUGUGCCACCGGUUUGGAGUAUGAUCUGGACUAUAUGAAGUACUUGACCAUCUUUAAGGAAAGCCAUCAGUAUUUGCUCGAGGGAGAGGCUUCUCCACUGCGUAUUAUGUACAAGGAAGUGGACGAUGAGAAGCGUAGAGGAAGGGGAAGGGGAAGGGGAAGGGAAAGGUCAAAGCCUCCUCUUGUUUCCAAUGUCUCAAAGAAGUUGAAGACUGGGGGGGCUCGUAGAGAAGAUCAUAAUAAGUCAACUGUCUUCAGGAAAGAAGUUGUUCUAAGGGGAAGGAAGAUUGGUAUGACCAAGACAGAAGCUUCUCUACGAGGAAGGAAGAAGAUUGCUCUGUCCAAGAAUACUAUCAAGUUAGAGCCUAAGUGUAAACAUGACACCAAGCAAGAGAAAGACGCUUCGCUGCACAAGAACGCUAUGAAAGUAGAGCGUACAAGAGAUGUCAAAGACACACAUCAAGAGAAAGAAGUUAGUAUACGAGGAAGGAAGCCAAAGAACUGGAACAAAUUGGAUAAUGAGGAGAGCAGACGAAGGAGAAAGGCAAUUUUCAGAGCUUCAAAGAGACUGAAGGCUGAGAAGUUCAUCACAGUGGUUAACUCCAAAGAUGCUCCACAAGGAAAGAAGAGUUGUGUGACCAAGAGCGAUUUCAAAGCCUGCAAGAAGGAGAAUGAGGAGAGCAACAGUGAAAAGAGAAAGUCAAAGCCUCAUGAGAUUUUCAGAGCUUCAAAGAGACUUAAGACUGAUCAGAACUUGGUUAACAACAAACUAAAGAAAGAAGAGGCUGUAAACAGGGACAAGGCUAAACCAAAGGCUACAAGUCAUGUGAAAGACAGCUUACUUCACAGUUUCAAACCUCACAAGAAGGUUGAGAAUGAAGAGAGCAGCCGAAGAACCUUAAUGGAUAAAAGCUAUGAAUAUUUCAUAGCGUUUCUGAGAAACUCUGUUACUGUUAUUGAAGUGAAGCCUGAGAAAGCCUCAGUGCCUUUAUCAGAUCCUGAUAUUAUCGCAGUCAGUAACUGUCCGUUUUCUGAUGGAGGCCCUUCCCCAUUUGAGGCAAACAAAGACGGCAAAGUGAUAGAUCUUGAAGACCGUAUUGAACCUGAAGAUAUGUUCAACUCUACAUUUAGCAAGAAGCUACUGGAAAUUCUCAGACAGCCGUAUGAUAAAAAUGAGUUCAAGCAACGCCUUUUUGAGGCAUCACAAAAGAAACAGUUGACUCGGUCUAGGCAACUGCGAGAUGGAAGAGAGAUCGAAUAUAACGUUGAUCACCAGUUGGGACCUUCUUAUUUCGACCGCUAUCCAGAUUUCAAGCGUGUGUUUCGUCGUUCUCGUUGUGCAAAGGAUGAUAAUAGAGCUUUGAACCUGUUGCGUGGCUUUUUCUUUUAUUUCGAGAACAUAGUUCUUGAAGGUGCAUUCAAACCAUGGUUGCAUGAAGCACGUGUGAUGAGAGAAUGCAAAGAUAUCGUAUGCAUCAAGUAAGGCAGGCAGCACCACACAGCCCUUAACUGAAACUCUUACAGUUACCUAUUUGUAUUGGAUAUGUCGCAAAACAAGAGAUUCUACAAGAUUUGCAGUAGUAUGACUUAAGUAUGACCAUUCUAAUUGUCAUUAGGAACUCUUUGAUGGCAGUUUAGUCUUAGAGAAAGACAUGUAAUGCUUCUUGUUAUACUAUUUUCUCUUUUUGUUUUA